GACUCCCGUGUCGACAAACUCUAGGUAUAAGCCGGCACCCAAGGAUUAAGGAUAUUUUUAUUUUUUAAAUAUUUUUUUUUACCAACAAUGUCUCCAACUGCGGAUAACUCUGUAUCCUACCUCACAGCCUAAACGUAAAUGGGAUUACAGUAUAUAAAACUAACUUUGGGUACAGUGUUAGAGAAAACCGGCUUAAUUUCUUAUAGGUUGUGACCAAUAUCAGACCAAAACCUGCAUCUUUAUUUUUGUUUUCGAUUAUUGCCGAACAAGUGAUACAAUCUGGAAACCCUUUUUCCAUAUAUAAGUGCAUAGCAAUCGGCACAGAAAUCAAACAGCCGCCAGCCCUGAGGUACUCAAGCGCUGUCCCCAGAACUGUUUUUUGAAGAAUUUAAAAUGAUUUUUGAUUCCAGUCUUACGGAAGUUCUUGUCUGUUGAUUGUAAAUAUUAAUAUAAAACCGAGAUUCAGAAAAAAAGAACUGUGAUAAUAAUGGUGGGUCAAAACUGAGUCAUGCUGUAGCAGUAGUUGACGUCUGCAAGGUUUAAAUAUGGAGACAUUCCGCUCCAGGUAAGAAAUAGAAGAGAAAUAUUAGUGCAAGAGCUGGAUUGGUUCGGCCUUUAAAGGAUUGGCCCUUUCUGGGAAAAAUGAAACGACGCUGCAGCUAAACGCCUUCUGCUUGAGGUCAUGGCGAGGCUUGUGAUGCCGAAGAAGUGACGUGUGGUAUAGGAGUAGUAGCUAUAGGUUGUGACAAUGAUGUCUGGGGGUCGCGGAUACGUCGGGUUGAUGGCAGCGGCGGUGAUGGUAUUAGCUGUCACAUACCAUGAUGCCAGCGCUGCUCGCACCACCCGCCAGCUCAGCCCCAGGACGGUCAGGACCAAGUACGGCGCUCUGCGGGGCCUGGUAGUGAACUUGGGUGUGCGCGGACUGGGGAACGCGGAGAUGUUCCUGAGUGUGCCCUACGCUUCGCCGCCGAUAGGCAAUUUACGAUUCAUGCCCCCGGGGUCACCUGUGCCCUGGCGGGACGUGAAACAGGUGGACCAUCCGGGCCCCGUGUGCCCUCAGCGCCUCCCGGACAUCAGGAACGAAACGGAAGCGCUAAGGAACAUGAGUCGAGGACGCUAUCAGUACCUACGGCGUCUCCUGCCCUACUUGAGGAAUCAGAGUGAGGACUGCCUCUACCUCAACAUCUACACGCCGGCCGGAGGAAUGCUAUCUCUGCCGUUUGUUCAGUAG